CUACUAAUAAUAAUAACAAGAACAACAACCCAUGCAACUUUUCUUGUUUUCUUUAUCCAUAUUAAUUAUCCUCAUAAUAAUUCACUCUCACUUUUCUUCUUUAUAUUGUCUUUUAAUUUCUUACACAUAGUUGACUAAAUUAACUAGUGUUAAGGUCUUUUUUUAUUUGUUAUAGUCAUGGCUUGUGUUGAUGAAGAACAAAAGCCAAGUUUUAAGCAUUAUUGUAGAGUUUGCAAGAAGGGUUUCAUGUGUGGGAGAGCUCUAGGUGGACAUAUGAGAGCUCAUGGUAUUGGAGAUGAUAGAGCAAAUAUGGAUGAUGAUGAUGAUGAUGAUGAAGCUAGUGAUUGGGAAGAAAACCAUGGUGAUAAUAAGAGGAUGUACCAAUUAAGAGCAAACCCUAAUAGGUUAAAGAGCACUAGGGUAUGUGAAAAUUGUGGAAAAGAAUUCUUGUCAUGGAAAUCUUUUCUUGAACAUGGUAAAUAUUGUGGCUCUGAUGAUGCUUAUGAUGAUCAUUCCUUGGUAUCAUCACCUUGUUCUGAUGGUGAGGAAUAUAAUAUUGGUGAAAGAAAAGGUUAUGGUUGGUCUAAAAGGAAAAGGUCCUUGAGGACUAAAGUUGGAACUUUUACUUCAUCUUAUAAUACUAAUAAUACUUAUUCAAGUGAACAAGAAGAUCUUCUUCUUGCAAAAUGGCUUAUAGAUUUAGCUAAUUCAAGGGUGGACCCAUUAACCAUCGAGCCAGAAGAGUCAUGCGCCUCUGCUAGUAAAGACGAGGAGAAGCGGAACCCUAUAAUGACCUACCUUAGUACUUCCGGCCUCAUGAACCAAGACAAAGAUCUUGAACAUCAUAGAAAAAGUGACUUUUUCAUCUUACCUAGUUUGGACGAGGCUAAAGUGGCUCCCAAAGGAUUAUUUGAAUGUAAAGCAUGCAAGAAAGUAUUCAAUUCUCACCAAGCCCUAGGUGGGCAUAGGGCAAGUCACAAGAAGGUUAAAGGAUGUUAUGCAGCCAAACAAGAUCAAUUAGAUGAUAAUAAUACACAUGAUCAAGAUAAUUACUUUAAAGGUUCAAAGUCAUCAUCUUAUAAUUACCAAUUUGAACAAGGGUCCUCAUUAACAGGAGCUUCAAGAAAAAAAUCAAAAGUACAUGAAUGUUCAAUAUGCCAUAGAGUUUUCUCAACAGGACAAGCUUUAGGUGGCCACAAAAGGUGUCAUUGGAUCACUUCUAACUCUCAAGAUUCCUCUAUCUUCACACCAAAAUUUCAUUUUCACAAUCCCCUUAAGCAAAUUAAUGAAAGAUCAACAUUGGAGAAUCAAGAUCCAUUGGAUCUUAACAUUCCACCAAAUGAUCAAAACAUGUCAAGAAUAAGGCAAGAACCUUGGAAAAUAAUCAAUCCGUUUGAGGUCUCCACAGAUAUACACAUGCAUCCAUGGAGUAGUACAAAUAGUGAUCAUACAAAAAAAGAAACAAAAGAUGAUGUUGUUCACCACAACAAUAAUGAUCAACCCCGCGAAGAAAACGAGGAUGACAACUUCAAGAACAAGAACAACAACAAUAACAAUACUAACAAAAACAACAAUGUCCGUCAAGAUAAUGCAACACAAAUCAAUGUAGAAGAUGAUGAUGAAGCAGAUAGUAAGUUGAAGUUAGCAAAACUAAGUGAUCUAAAUGAUAUCAAUACUAGUUCAGCUAAUCAUUCACAAUGGUUACAAGUUGGUAUUGGUCCAACAAAUAAGGUUGAGGCUGACUCAUAAUCUAUUUGCAUUUUUUUUCCUCUUCUUUUGUUUUUUGUUUUCUCUUUUUUCACCAGGGUAUAUAUUUCUAUGCACAUAUUGUAAUUAAAAU